GUUUUGUUGGCCUUCAUGCUUGGAGUCGCACCUGGUCCUCAAUCACGAUUCAUGGGUUCAUUCAACUUGAUCAACUUGCAGGAAGGGUCAUGGCGUCUGAUCCUGGCAGGGCGUCCAGUUCUGAGCUGCAUGCAACUGGCUGGCCCCAAUUGCCAGAAGGGGCAGGGAACAGCACGUCCCGGACAGCGCCUCCAGGGUUUUCCACCAAUUCAUCAGCUGACGGCAACAAGGGUGCAACAAGAGUUGACGGAUCAGAAUUGGUAGCUGAGGGGAAAGCUAGGAUGGGAGGAAACAGGGAAGGGCCGGGAGCGGGGCCUCCAGGGUUUCACAACCAGCCUGGGUCUGGAAGGGGGAAGCGAGAUUAUGAGGGGUCCGCUGCUUCGCAGGGUGGAUUGUCAAGUAGGGGGAGGGGAAGCAACAGAGGCGGGGGUUUUCCAGCGGGUGGUGGCAUUGCGCGGGAGAAUAACCCUGGCCAAGGCUCUCCCAAUGUAAACAGGCCUGGUGUGAACGGGCCUGGUGUGAACGGGCCUGGUGCGAAUGACCGCAGCUCAACCAGUACAGGAAGCUCGGGGAGCAUCCUCGGCACACCUGGCAUUCAGAGUGGCCAAGGACAGCAAAGAAUGGAGAGGCGCAGUGGACUUGGUAUCACUGGGUUGGAUGCGAACGAGGCUGGAGGCCAGAAUGGUCCGUAUGGUCGCGUCGACGACAGCUACGGGAAGAGGCAUGGCGCGAACGGCCCUCGACAUCAGGAGCCCCGCUUCAAUCAGAGCCACCAGACAGGGUGGGUGGAAAACCCUGCCACUAACGGGCAUCCACACGAAAAUGCUGACGGAGGUGCUGAGAGUGCGCGUGGGACUGCGCAAGGUUCGGAUGAAAGCCAGGGUGCGCAGCAGGGGCGGAGAGGCGGCCGAGACCGGCGGCAGGACCGGAGGAACCGUUCGGACGCCAGCGGAGGCAGCGUCCGGAGCGGCGCCUCGGUCGAACCGUCCGAAGAGCCGCGCGAGACCGGAAGCGGAGGUGGUUUGCAAGCGACGGGGUGGGAGGAAGCGUCGGUCGCAAAUGCUAGCGGGACCGGUCAAGUCGCCACCACUUUAACCAUGCACAAGCCUUCAGAACUGGGUGCGAAAAUGGACGAGGGUUCCGAUGCACGGCCUACGGGUUGGGGGGGUGGACCGGAGCAGGCGGCGCUGCCCCCCGUUGCAACGCGUGACGCUCCCGGAGGGUCCGAUUCGGGCAGCUCGGUUUCGCUCGCUUUUCGGCAGAAGAAGAGGGGGGGGCAGGGGGGCCGGCAGCAAGGUGGGCAGCAAAAUGCGAUUGGGGGCGGAGAGAUGAGAAACCAGAGGGACAAUGUGAGAGAGCAAGGCAAGCAAGGCGGUGUUACUGGUGGAGCAGUUUCAGGGAAGCAGGCUGGGGGGGUGUCAAGAGCCACUGGAUGGAUUGACAACAGUGGGAGGGAGACGGCAGAGGCGACGGCUGGGAGUGCAAGAUCCGCCACCAAGGGGGGGAUGAGAGGUGAGGAAGCAGUAAGGCAGACUUUGGCCCCCCCAAACGUGGAAGACGCGGCGGUGAUUCGAUCGACCGGGUGGAGUGGAGACAUUGGGGAGAGUCAGGGGGAACUUUCUGUGGGGAGUGCGAGGCCGAUACCGACAGGAGGGGGAAGGGGCGCAAAUAAAAGAAGGCAGACUGUGCCUCCCCAGGACAUACGGAAGGAAUCAGCUGGAGAAGGAUUACAGAGUGUGGCGCAUAUGGGGAAUGCGCCGACAGGCUGGGAAACGGAUCCCGCAGGCGGUGCAUCUCCUGAAGCACAAAAAGAUGGUUCAAAGGCGGGAAGGAAGGGCGGGAGGGGACCUACGAAGCAGGUGAUGCCGCCCCAAGACAUCCGGAAAGAAGCGGCAGUGCGGCAUGGCCCCCCAGGUUUCAACCAAGGUGUCCGGAACGAGGUGCGGGCCCAGGACCCCUCCCCAAUUCUGACUCGAGAUGCACCCCCCCGUUCCGGUGAAGAUGGCGCCACCGGAUGGACCGAGCAAAGCAGCGGUGCACUUUCUGGACCGUCUGUCAGUGAUGCUGACUCGAAAAUGAAGGGGCAGGUGGGGCCGUCUGGUUCAAAGAAGCAGCUUCCAAUGGCCCCACAGGACAUCAGGAGAGACUCGGCGCAUCGGGUUACCCCCCGAGAGGCGCGAGCGCAGUCGGCCCAGCCCAAUCUUGUCCAGGACGUCAGGAAAGAGUCAGCCCAGCCCGUGGCUUCUCGUGAUGCAGAGAAAAGAGCGGCGCAGGCUGCCCCCCUCCAGGACGCGAGGGGAGGAAUGGCGCAGGUGGGAGAGAAUCAGCCGGUGGCGUCAAUUGGACAAGCUCCGGGUUGGGAAGCUCGGACACCGCUUGGGGAGCCAGUUUUGCAGACGCCGGUUGGACAGGCGAAGGUCCCGGUCCAAGAUGUUCGGACGAGAGGGCCUCAGACGGGGUCGAGCACGCAUGGUCGGGAUCGAGCCCCGCCCGCAAACCGCAUGCCUCCGCAGAACGCCGCUCCACAGAAAGACGAAAGGGGCUUCCCGAGAGAACAGCAGCCGCGCUCGGGAGCUUUUCCGAAGCGAGAGCCGGCUCCAAGGGAGGAGCGAGGAGAGGAGUUGGGUUUCUGGGGGUGUGAAUCCGACGGCUCCGGUGGGGAGUUCGGGUGGUCCGGGUUCGUCUAUGGGGGGUUCGAUUGCCGCUGUAGGAGGUUCCGUUUUGUCUGGGGCAGGUUCCGUUCCGUCUGGGGCAGGUUCCGUUCACUCUGCGGGGACUUCUGGUGCCUCUGCGGGGGGUUCAUCAUCCGGGGGGCAACCUUCAGCGCCCGCUCACAAGCAAACGGAAACCGGGGGCGUGCAGCCCAACCCCCCCAAAGCGUGGCAGGGGGUUUCGCCGGCCAAGUCGCCAGCGAAAGCGAAGCAGGGGGUGGUGCCUGCCAGGGGGGCGGGGAAAGGGGCGCCCGGAGGGGGGGGAGAGUGGGCCCGUUUGUGCCGUAUUUGCCGCAGGACGACGUGGAGGGGGGUCUGGCUGUGGAGAUGUCGAGCGAGGAGCUAUUGAAGCUGCUGAAGCUGGGGGCGCAGGAGUUUUGGAAACAUGUCGCGCGGGACGACAGCCUGCCCCAAUUCCUCAACUUGUACCUCCGCUUCCGCAAGCGGCCCCACGAUGUCGAGGGGGAUCCCUCUGGGCUCGAGAGGAGCAUCGCCGACGAGGCGGCCGCCGUGCUGCAAAAGCGGGUCUUCUUGACCCUCUUCAGACUGUCUUCGCCUAGAGAGCCGGGCGCCGCAUCCGGGGAAGUCCUGUCCCCUCGAGAGCACACCGAACUGCUGCGGAGAAAGGACCUGCUGGGCGUUCCCCAGUUGAUGGACAUCGCGGCGAUCUACGGUGCGACCAAGCCGGACCUGACGAGACGCCUGGUCGAAAACGUGUUUGAGAAUCAGCCCGGCCACCAGGCCGCCGUGGCUGCGUGCGUGGACCCCAUUCUCAACACGCUCUCUUCGAUGCGCGCCCGGAGCGCGGCCGCGGUUGCGGCGCUUGGGGCCCAGCAGCCGGCCAACCAGGACGUGCCACGUGUCAGGCACAAUCUGAAUGAGGUCAUUGAUUACGUCAGCGACGUGGCGGCGACCUUGGGUGCCUUUGUGGGGGUCUACCCGGCGGUCGCAGCGGUGCUUAUUCCGAAGGAGGGCGAGGGAGCAAGCCCGAAAGGCACGCUCCUCUCCGCGCUGGCAACCGCCCACGACCGCUUGCUCCCCACCGUCCUUUGGGGCCUCCGUUCCCUGCCCCCCAGCACUGACGUCAGCCCCGACGUCAGCCUGGCGUCAGCGGCGCUUCGGGCCUCCGAGCAGAGGCGCGCCCAGCACGCGCGUGCACGCAUCGCCUCUUUGGCUUGGGCCGUACUCGAAGCCAGGUUCUUCGCUGCCGGGGGGGCCGGAAAGGCCGGCGGAGGAGCCCCCCAGAACGAGAGUGGCAGUGCGCUGGUGGAGGCGCUGGGUAGCCUGCGGGGAGGUGAGGACGAGACUGAGAAUUCGGACGCCGGACGGAGGGGGGCGCUUCUGCGGACGCUGGAUCGGAAGAAGGACUUGAGGGGGCUGAUGAGGAGGCUACAGGCGAGCGGCAAGACUAACAUCGACAGCGCCCAGCUAGAGUCCAUCGACGCACUCCUGGGGCCCCCCGAAACGAAGCGUUCCGCCAGGCAGACUACCGCGAGUGGUGCAUCGGCCGCAAGCGACACGGCGAGCGCAGAGGAGGAGGCCCUGCAGAAGUCCAAGCUCAGCCAGAUCAAGGACCUCCUUCCCGACUACGGCGACGGAUUUUUGGCCGUCUGUUUGGACGCUUACGACAACGACGCGGAACAGGUCAUCGCGCACCUCCUGGACGGGAACCUCUCCCCGGCACUCGCGGCACUUGACACCAAAAUGAUGGAGAAGCCGCGGCCGCAGGCCGAGCCCAAGCUUGGUGUCAAGGAUAAAGGCAAGGCGAAAGUGGUGGAAGAAGCGGCGGAGACGGGCGGGGUUAGCAGCCGGAGUCAAGGGGUUAAGGGAGGGUUUGGCGAAGCAGGUCCGAGCGGCUCGUCGACCGCAGGCGCUUCGUCGGUCGUUCCCGGCACUUCGUCGGCUGCCGUGAGCGCUUCGUCCUCUGUCCCGGGCGCUUCGUCGUCGGCGUCGGGCGCUUCCGAGGCGGCGAAACGCUCGAGCGCGGACCAGUCGGGGCGUUACGUCCGGCGCGACCGGGCGCCGUCGGACGCGGUCGCGCUGCUCGACGCGCGCGGCAAGGGCGACGAGCGGCUGCGGAAGAUGGCGACCGAGUACGAGUACGAGGACGAGUACGACGACUCGUUCGACGAGCUGACGACGUACGGAACGGACGCCGGGGACGAGGAGGGGCUCGACGCGGCGGUCGCAAAAGUCCGGGGGGGUGCCGCCGUUGCGCCCACCGGGUGGGGGGAGCAGAAGGGGGCGGCGCCGUCCCCCCCGAAGCGGAACCCGGGUCCCCCAGGGGCGAAGAAGAGCGGGCCGCAGUUUUACGUCAAGGACGGAAAGAACUACAGCUACAAGGUGGCCGGAUCGGUGGCGGUGGAGUCGGUGGAAGCCGCGGCGGUGAUGAAAACGGAGCAGGAGGCGCUCAUUCACGGCCUGGGCGCGGGGGGCAACGUGCCGCAUGUGAAUGCGCGCGAGUCGGAGGAGAGCGGGUCGGAAGAAGAGGGCGAGGGGGAGGGUGGGGAGCCCGGCCCGGGGGGGAGAGGAAGAGGGGGCGGAAGAGGGGGGGGGAGAGGAGGCGCGGGGAGGGGCUCGUUCGCGCGGAAGGAGCAGAACAAGAGCAGCGUCGCGAAUCACCGGAGGAAGGACCGGGCGACCGCGAAGUUCGUCAAGGCCGUCGGGGGGUUCUGAGUGAGCCCGUGAAUGGCCGCAUGAGAGCAUGCGAGUGUCCGCUUGGGUCGGAUUUCUGAUCUUUGUGAUGUUGCUCCCAUGUUUCGCGUAGGCCGCCGCAGGCUGUGAGCAUAGCUCGGUCACUGUCGAAAACGCGGAUUGCAGAGCGGCCAGAGAGUGUGGACUGUCGUACUUUGUGCGCAAAAGACGCCUCAGAUUGAAUGGAGUUUUGAUCAUACUUGGCUUUCCACUUCAGAGUACGAUUUGUAAACCACGCGCCACUUAAUUGAGCUGGCAAGG